UAUAAAGCCGGGCUCGCAAGAGUCUGCGUUGCACUGCAAUCCGGCACUUCCUCCAGCUUGCAGAACAAUGGCUCGUGGCAACGUCGUGGCGCUUCUCCUAGUGGCAGCCUGUCUCGUGGCGGCUGUGACAACCAGCGCCUUCAACCGGUACAACCGAUACGGAUUCGGACAGGGCUACGGACAAGGCUUCGGAAAUUUCGGACAAGUCAAUCUCGGCAACUUCAACCCUGCUUUCUUCCCCAACCUCGUGAGCGGUUACAACUUCUACAACAACCAGCCUACAAGUAACUACCAAGGCUGUACUUACUGGUGCAGGAGCCUACACCCCGGAGGUUUUUAUUACUGCUGCACCACAGGCUACGAAGGAUAGAGCGGACGAGGCAGCAGCAUGAGAACGGUGUAGUUCCCUUGUUGGCUUCGAGAAACGGGGGAGAACACGGAGAUGUCGCCUAUUGGAAAUGAUGAAUAAAGAGUGAAAAUUA